ACUGGCGGCCGGCACUGAAUCUUGCUGCCCUGGACUGUGCUGACGAAAGCAACAGCGCUGUCUGCAGAGACUUCAACAUCCCUGGCUUCCCAACUGUGAGGGUAACUCUGGACCUGUCCCAGCACCAUGGCCUGGCAGUGCGCAGAGUCUUCAACACAGAGAACGACGUGGUGAGCAAGUUUGGUGUCACGGACUUCCCAUCUUGUUACCUGCUAUUUCGGAAUGGCUCUGUCUCCCGAGUCCCUGUGCUGGUGGAAUCCAGGUCUUUCUAUACUGCCUACCUGCAGAGACUCUCUGGACUCACCAGGGAGGUGCCCCCAACCACAGCUGUGCCAGUCACUGCAGACAAGAUAGCGCCCACAGUGUGGAAAGUUGCAGAUCCGUCCAAGAUCUACAUGGCUGACCUGGAAUCUGCGCUGCACUACAUCCUACGGGUAGAAGUGGGCAAGUUCUCAGUCCUGGAGGGACAGCGCCUCAUGGCCCUGAAAAAGUUUGUGGCAGUGUUGGCCAAGUACUUCCCUGGUCAGCCGUUGGUCCAGAACUUCCUACACUCCAUAAAUGACUGGCUUAAGAGGCAGCAGAGAAAGAAAAUCCCCUACAGUUUCUUUAAAACUGUCCUGGACAGCAGGAAAGAGGACUCUGUUCUUGCUGAGAAGGUGAACUGGGUUGGCUGUCAAGGCAGUGAACCACAUUUCCGGGGCUUUCCCUGCUCUCUGUGGGUCCUCUUCCACCUCCUGACUGUGCAAGCAAGUCAGCAGAAUGCAAACCGUCCACAAGAACCAGCCAAUGGCCAGGAGGUCCUCCAAGCCAUUCGGAACUAUGUCCGCUUCUUCUUUGGCUGCCGAGACUGCGCGGGCCACUUUGAGCAGAUGGCUGCUGCCUCUAUGCACCGGGUGGCAAGUCCAAACGAUGCAGUUCUCUGGCUCUGGACUGGCCACAACAGGGUCAAUGCUCGCCUUGCAGGUGCUCCCAGUGAGGACCCCCAGUUUCCCAAAGUGCAGUGGCCACCCCGUGAACUCUGUACUGCUUGCCACAAUGAACUCAGAGGGGUGCCUGUAUGGGACCUGGGCGCCACUCUCAACUUCCUCAAGGUCCACUUCUCCCCAAGCAACAUCGUUCUGAAAUCCCCUGCAGCUGGACCAGCCCCCCGGAGGGGUACUCUGAGUUUAGCAGUCACCCCAAAGCUGGUGAUGGGCGCACUGGAACUGGUGACAAGAAAUUCAACAUCGGGCUCUGAGCAGGCUGAUGCUGCACAGUCCCCUGGAACCACCAUCCUAAAUAUUCCAGCUGAGAGACUAGAGGCAAGUAGCCCCCAGUUGCUGCCCCUAGGCCCCGGAGUGAAUGGUGCUCAGGGGCCUCCUGAGCAUGUGGAAGAACUUCAGACGGAUGUGCUGGAGCAGCCCCAAGGGGAGCGACACUUGAACAAACGAGACACAGGUGCUGUUUUGCUGGCAGAGGCUGGGGCUGAAGUGAGCCACCUCCGAGGUCCUUCAGAGCUGAGGCAGGGGGGCCGCAGUUUCAAGCAGCUGGCCAGCAUAGCUGAGGGGGAGCCAGAGGCCCGAGCCAUGAGGGGCCAAGGCCAGUGGCUACAGGUGCUGGGUGGGGGCUUCUCCCACCUGGACAUCAGCCUUUGUGUGGGGCUCUACUCCCUGUCCUUCAUGGGCUUACUGGUCAUGUAUACCUACUUCCGAGCCAGGGUGAGGGCCCUGAAGGGCCUCGCUGGUUACCCUGCAGCCUGAACUGUCCAGCUUGGGAGAGGGUGGGAAAAGGAAGUGCCAUCCCCAGGGCAGUUCUGGCCCCUGCCCACCUCUCCUGCCCUCUAUCCCUUGCCCCUUGUCCAGCUUGGGAAGGUGGGAAGUCAGGAAGGCCAGUUUCUUCAGUGAACCCUUGGAUCUGCUGGCAAGGAGAAUUCCAUCGACAAAAGACUGGAAUAGGGUCCCAGGCUCAUCUGACCAGCAGGGGGAGGUCAGCCUCAGGCAGGAGGCUGAGGGAGUUGGCCCUGGCCUCUUACCACCAAAUGCCUGUUUUUCAGCUUGUUUGAUUUCCUGCCCCAUUCUCACUGAAGUCUCUCAUCUCUCCUGGUUAGUCUGGGGACUAAAUUGGGGCAAGGAAGCCCAGAGUUUCCAUUCAGAGGUUUCUCAUUCAGAGGAGGGGUGCCUGAGCUGGGGGCUGGAGUGGACCUCCUCACUGCAUUCUGGGGCUCCUUCCACUCCUGUCCCUUUUGAACAUGAAGAGGCCUUGGAAAGCAAAGGCCACCUUGGGCCCACCCAGCCUCCUCCUCAGACCUGGGUGGGAUAUGGCUUCAGGAGUGGGUCUGGAAUCUUCCAGAAAUUCCCAUCUCCCAGGUGAGGUUUAAACCAGGGUUUCUGCUACAAGAAUAUAGUUUGGGGCUGGCUGGUAUGGACCUGCCCAGCUGGAUGGGUGACAGUUGCUGGGCUGUGGGACAUAGCUUGCUUGGCAGACCCUGAUGAGGGUGGUAGGAGUGUGGGAAGGCUGUGGGCUAAGCUCUGAGAGGUAUAGUGAGAAGGGUGUGCUUUGGCUUCUCCCCAUUGGGCUCCACCCCUCCCUGAGCUCAGUCUUCUGUCUUUUGUUUUGGUCUCCAAAAUCAAUGCUAACUGCUAGAUGUGGAGGGUACUAGAGGAGGACAAUGCGAGGCGUGGCCUCUCUCUUGAGGUUCUACUUCCCAGCUGGUAGAGAUUGCCAAGGUCUUGAGGGAGGACAAUGCUGUACACAUGCUUGGUUUUCCCACCCUACCCCACUGCUUGGGAGGGCUGUGGAAUAAAUUAUUUUUGU